GGUAGAAAGAUGAAAAUCAGUGGAAUCUCGCUCUUUCACUCCAAUAUAAUCUUACGUACGAAAAAAAUAAUUCCGAACGAUUUUGGUGGAAUGUCAUAGAAUUCCAGCCCCGAUAUCUCUUGUUAAAUGGUAUUUCUAUACGAAAUGUAAUCGAUAAUUUUUCAGGUCAAGACAAACCCCUAUUUCUUCGAAAAUAAUUUUCGAACAACCGAAAUUCGUGUAAAAAUACGACAUUCGUAUUAUUUUAAUACUCAAUGAGACAGUAUUGAAAACGGCUUUUAACCAUUUUGAUAAAUCAAUGGAAAUUGAUUUGAAACCACAUUCUAAAUGACUAGGCAAGCAUAUCACCUUAUGACAAACAAUUAGUUCAUAUGAAAUAGUUGUAGAAAUUGAUAUCAUUGCGCAGAAGAUAUUGCACUAUCCAUUUUUCACAGUUUUUCGCCAAAAUAAUUGGAUUUCUUGAACAACAGAAAAAAACAUAAACCCUUUUCUGUAUAGGUCUUUAUAGGAGAUAAAAUUGAUUGGCCCAAUUAUAAACUACUUUUUUAAUUUUAUUCGACCAUACAUUCGGUGGCUUUAAAGAGUAUGUUCUUCAUGCUUUGAAUAUGUUGCCAUCUAAAAUACUCAUUUUUGAAUCUAAUGGACUAUAUGAAUAAUUUUUGAUUUUAUAUCUUUCACAUACAAAACAUGAAUUUUAAAAAAUUUAACAAAAAAGCUUCUUCAUUAAAUUAAUCAUAUUUUAGAAGUGAAUCAUUUCUAACGCAGAAUCGGACUGGUUUACAUAUAUCCAGAGACAGCAUAUUUGCUGCUGAGUAGGCCUGAGCUGAGGUAAAUUUUCUAACUCAGGCACCUGAAGCGUUAUUUUAACGCAUUCACAGUACAAAAUUCACAUUCCCCUCCAGAUCAGCCUCAAAUUUGACUUUGCAAAUUUGGAUGGGAAUAUGAAUUUUGUACUGUGAAUGCGUUAAAAUAACGCUUCAGGCGCCUGAGUUAGCAAAUUUAGCUCAGCUUAGGUCUACUCAGCAGCAAAUAUGUAGUCUCUGCAUAUAUCAUAGUUAAAUUUGUCUGUUGUGUGUGCGGAUCAAACACAAAGCGAUCUAUUUUUAGUACUACCAACAUUUAAACGUUUGACUGGAUCAUUGAGAAACUUACACAUCACAUAUGACAUAAAAGUUAUUACCGGCGAUGAGCAACCAUCGACACGUUUUUUUCACCUGAAAUAUUAAAAAAUUCUCUAGAGCACCAAAUAUACACAUGGCGGUUUCAUAGACAACACAAUGAUUAUAUUAAAACAACAAUAAAGUAAGACUCUUCUUGAUGUCCUUUUAAUCGAAAAAUGCUUUGUAUUUUGAAAAUGGGUGCACCACAUUGAGAAUUUGAUCGGGGUGUAAAAUGGCCUUACUACGGCCAUACUACUACCAUUUAAAACUUGUAAUAACCACCCUGAAUUGCACAAUCCAAUCUUCUACCGACGUAUAUAGUCCUUUAUCUAUAGAUAUAUCCCUUUUGCAAAGAAUUCUGAACUACUGAUGCUUCAGAGUGUCCAAAAAUCUCGAACAUUUCAGAACAAAUGGGAUUUUUCCACAUAGUUAUUUCCAAGAAUAUUCUUAGAAUGAAUAUAAAUUUGUUAUUAUUAAUUAAUGAAAUAUCUCAACACUAUUGACAAAGUUCGGCUGAAAUUUUUACUCAGUAUUAAAUUUCCCUCCUUCACAGUAGCUGCCAUACCUCUAUCCCUGCAAUCUAUGCGAGCGAGUAUGUUAUAUAUAACAUAAUUGUCACUGCUAAAAUCUCUAUCGUAUUUUGUUAUUGAAUUAAUAAAACGAUAUCUUAUAACAUUUUGUUAUAACGCAUAGGUGCAAGUACGAUGAACUCGAUUUAGUCAUCCCAAUUUUUAUUGGGUUAGUGAAAUGAUGAUUAUGAAUUAGGAUUUGCCUUAAAAAAAGAAAUAGCGGUGCAAAAAUGUUCCUAAAAGUUAUUUUGGUUACAUUGCUGUCAAACAAAAUACACGUAACAGCGCCAACUUGAAAAUAAUAAAAAAACUUUUCGCCGAUAAAAUCUGAAUUGCUCUUGAUUUAGUUCAUUCGAAUUCCAACAAAAAUUUGAUUUGUAAUUACGUAUUCAUUAUGUAACGCAAAAAAAUCAAAAAAACAUGCGUUUAAUUACAAUCUUUAAAUUGUUCAAUACUAUGCCAUUCGGAGAUUUUAUAGUAUGAAACUUCACUAUCGGAGCAUUUAAGAUUCAUGCACGAUUCCCUAAACAGCUUUUUAUUAUAUGUGGCUAUUAUUCGAUGGUGGGGAGAACUGUAAAACGAACAUUCAAUAAUAGCCACAUAUAAUAAAAAGCUGUUUAGGGAAUCGUGCAUGAAUCUUAAAUGCUCCGAUAGUGAAGUUUCAUACUAUAAAAUCUCCGAAUGGCAUAGUAUUGAACAAUUUAAAGAUUGUAAUUAAACGCAUGUUUUUUUGAUUUUUUUGCGUUACAUAAUGAAUACGUAAUUACAAAUCAAAUUUUUGUUGGAAUUCGAAUGAACUAAAUCAAGAGCAAUUCAGAUUUUUUUUAUAUCAAAUCAAUUCUACUCGUUAAAUUCGUUUUGAAACUAAAUGUUCAUCACAUCAAGGACUUAACGAUGAUACGAUGAAUAAUCAAAAAAGAAGCAAAGAUACAAAAAUACAGAAUAAACCGUCGAGCAACAAAUGAUCGUAUUAUUUUUAGAAUGUUCGUUUCUUCCUAUACAAUGAUCCUCUCUUUAUUUUGUCAACCGACAUUCAUUUAAUUUAUAUUGUGACUUUGUCGGUGCUCGAACAAUCAAAAUAUUCACAUUUAGGAUUUCAUGAAAUUUAUCAAAUUUGGUCCAUAGUAUCAUUAUGAUUAUGAAUUUAUGGAGUUAUAAUAGUUUCAACCUAUUUAUUUAGUAAAUUUAUCUCCUUUUGGUUCCUGGGUGCUUCGAUAGUUUUGACUUUUUUCCAUAUUGAAGAAUUUGGUACUGAAUUACGCAUUUUUUUGUUUACUUUGAAAAGUACACUUUUCUACUGCACACCCACCAUGUAAAUCCUUAGAAGAUAUAAUAUUCUUGAUUUAGAGUCGAAGUAUAAUUGAAGCACGAUCACUUUAAACGUCCGUCGAAGCUGAUGAGACAGCACCUCAUUUCCUCUCCUGUUUCGUUUAUUUUUAUUUUCAUCUAUACGACGUCACUCACAACAACUAUCUCUACGCUUUCGAAAAAUACACACACACAUUCGAUCACACACUAUGUAAUAUCACAUUUCCCACGCAACACUUUUCCGAAUGUGCUACGAUAUAUUUUCUGAACUAGGCGCUUGAAAAAGUGUUCGAUGGGGAAAAUGUUAUGUGUGUAUGUGACCACGACCAAUACAAUUAAACGUAACUCGCAUACUACAACAUCGAGGAAAAAAUAAAUUUUAUUUACUUCGUACAGAUAAAUUUCAUACCAACUCUUCAUUAUAGAAAGUAUUUUUUCGGUAACGAAGAUAAUAAAAUCUUAUUUACAAUUUCUGUUCGUCCUUCUAUUCGAAAAUUUCUGAAUUUCGCUUGUACGAAGGAGAACUUCAGAAAAAACAAUCCUAAUUUCGUAUUAGGGUCACGAGCAACUUCGUUAAAUUGACAUUUUUCGUUAUUUCAUACGAUGCGGCAACGAUGACGUUUGUUCUGAAUAGUUGUAGCAAACCUAGAUCCUCGGUGAAAAAUGUGUGAAAUUGGAUCAAGAAAUUUUUAUCAAACAUAACAUUUAUGGCGAACAUUUAGGAAUUCACAACUCAAAUAAAAGACAAUUCAAAACAUUGACGUCAGUUUAACCAAAAUUUUGUGUAAAGUGGUCGACAAAAACUUUCGAACAUGAUGUAACUUUAAAAAAAAUUAAUACUAAGUCAUUAGAACAAUCGAUUUGCAAAUUGUUGUUUUUCCAAUAUAUUUAAUGUAAAUGUUCAAUGAAAUUUCGGUUAUAAGAGAAAUUGGUCUCAAUCGGUUUUGGCAGAAAUCUAGUUUGCAAUUGCGUGACAAAUCGAAAAAUAAAAGAAAUAAAUAAGAUGGCUAACUCGCCACCUACAUCCUCAUCGACGAUAACACCGUCGCGACGAUAUCGCUAUUCACGUAGUUCAACUGCUAGCGUAACACAGUUGCUUUCUGACAGUUGCAACAGUUUGUUGCAGCGCUUUCGUCGACAUCCAAGUGAAAGACCGGAAAAAAAGGCAAAUGUUUUGCCUAAUACAAGAUUAAAUGAACUGAGUCCAUGUGAAGAAAAUUCAAAUAUGUCCCAUAAAAGUACAUUUAGCGAUCGUGCAAAAAAACAGUCGAAUAAUCCAUCGACUACCACAAGCAGUGGAAGUUCAUUAACUACAUCAGCCUUAGAUCGACUUCGCUAUAAUUUGAGUCCUGUUACAUCAUAUUACAAACCAUUGAUGAAAUCAUUCACACGCCGGGACGAGUCACCAAGUAAAAAAAAAGAUGAAGUAGACAGAGAUAAAACUCCAAAAGCCGAAGAGAAAAUGUCAACUAUAUCAAGACUCGAAUCAAAGUAUUCAGAUGUUCUAGGUCGACGAAGGUACAAAGAGCAACGUGAACAGGAAGAUCGUGAUAAGACAUUAGAGCCUGAUAGAAUACCAUUUGCACCAUUAACACGAAGCGCAACAACAAUUUUAUCAUCGGGUGCUAUAUCAAAAAAAGAAUCCACUCCUUAUCGUUUAAAUCGGAACUAUUCCGACAGAAAACCUAUACCUAGCACUUCAUCAAGUACAUAUAAGCCGCGGUCUGAGUUGAAUCCACUGCAAACUAAUAGCUCUUCUGGAUUUGCUAUUCCAAAAACAAAUUACUAUGAAUCGCCAACAAUGAAGCAUAAAGACUCAGUAUAUGAUAUAUAUGGCACACGGUUACCCAAUUCAAAUCGUUUCAAUGACUAUGAACAGUUGAGUUUGAAUACAAAGUCUGGUUAUUACGAAGGCCGAGACAAGGAAAAUACCUUUAAAUCAAAAUAUGAGCCUAGUCGAUUGUAUGCAGAACUAAACAAUAAUGAAACAUUUAGCCGAGAUCGAAAUAUUCCACAUUAUCAAAAAGAUUAUCGACGAACAGCCACAACUAAUUUCAAUACCUACAAUGAUAGCUUAUUGGAUACACCAUCAACUUCUAGUGGAUACCGUGGACGUAAUAUGAUUAGUGCAAAUCGCUAUGCUCCAGAAAAAUCUGUAGAUUAUCAUAGAUCACAAACGAAAAAGUUUUUUGAUUCGGAAAAAUCGUCGGUGUUACGUAAUAUGAACGAUGAUGAACCAGUUAAAAGCGAAGCAGUUAAAGAGCGUGAAGCUCGACGCAAAGAAAUUCAAGGUUUAAUAGCAAAAUAUGCACAAAUCGAUGACAUUUUUUUGAGAGCUAUCGACAGUGACACCGCGUCAAAUGACACAACCAAUGCCCGUAGUAGCAUGAGCAAUCAUUACAAUAGUUUGAACUCCACGCGCCCGAAUGGAGGUCUAUUGGAUGAUUCAACGUCAGAUUCAUUAUUGCAAAAAAAUGUUGCUGCAGCUGUAGGCUAUAGCCCAUAUCCAUAUCCACAAACAUCUAGAAAAACGUCAUAUUUGCCAUUAUCAAAAACACAAAGUGUAUCCUCAAUAUCUUCCGCCAAUCGAACACGCAUUCCAAAAACAUUGCCAACAUUUGCAUUGAAAUCUCCAACUAUACAAGAUGAUGCCGAUGGCCAUUUGAUUUAUCGUACUGGCGAUAUUCUACAUAACAGAUAUAAAAUCAUGGCAACGCUGGGUGAGGGAACGUUUGGUAGAGUUGUAAAAGUAAAAGACAUGCAAAUGGACUACUACAUGGCACUAAAAAUCAUCAAAAAUGUCGAGAAAUACAGAGAAGCGGCCAAGCUAGAAAUAAAUGCAUUAGAGAAAAUUUCUCAACGUGAUCCAAAUUGUGAACACUUAUGUGUAAAAAUGUUGGACUGGUUCGAUUUCCAUGGCCAUAUGUGUAUCGCUUUCGAAAUGCUUGGCUUAAGUGUUUUCGAUUUUUUGCGCGAAAAUAACUAUGAACCAUAUCCACUAGAUCACGUACGUCACAUGGCAUAUCAAUUGUGUUACUCUGUGAAAUUUUUACAUGAUAACCGUCUGACUCACACAGACCUCAAACCAGAAAAUAUUUUGUUUGUCGAUUCGGAAUACAGUACAUGUUAUAAUCAUAAAAAGAGCCGAGAAAUACGAAAAGUGAAAUGUACAGACGUGCGACUCAUUGAUUUUGGUAGCGCAACAUUCGAUCACGAACAUCACAGUACAAUUGUAUCUACUAGACAUUAUAGAGCACCUGAAGUUAUAUUAGAGUUAGGCUGGUCACAGCCGUGUGAUGUUUGGUCUAUUGGUUGUAUCAUGUUUGAGUUAUAUUUGGGUAUAACACUCUUCCAAACGCACGACAAUCGAGAACAUUUGGCUAUGAUGGAGCGAAUUCUGGGAACAAUACCUUACAGAAUGGCACGUCAUCAUGUUCUUUACAGCAAAACCAAAACCAAGUAUUUUUACCACGGUAAAUUGAAUUGGGAUGAAAAGUCAUCAGCGGGCCGUUACGUUCGUGAUCAUUGCAAACCACUAAACAGGUACCUAAUGUCAGAUUGUGAAGAACAUUUAGAAUUGUUUGACUUGAUUAAAAAGAUGUUGGAGUACGAGCCAAGUCAAAGAAUAACACUGGGUGAGGCGCUGCGUCAUCCAUUCUUCAGUAGACUUCCCCCCCAUCAACGGGUCAUGGAAAAGGGUCAAACAACCUCAACUAGCAGCAGUCGUGAAAGGUCACAUAGUCUCUCAAGAUGAGAUUCAGUACGAUUUGGUUAUUAUUAAUUUUCUUGUCAACGAUGCAUAAUGUCAGAGUAAUUUCCGCCAAAAAAUUGAAAUGAUAGUCUUUCGAUUAUAAGAAAUUAUUUGGAAAGUUUUCUUUGAUUGGUCAAUGUUUGGUUUACGUUUUUUAAGUGAGUACAGAAAAAAAUGAAUUUUAUAGUAGUUCUAAAGUUAUGGUAUACACUGUACAUAGGGAUCUACAUGCAGAUAAAAAACAAAAAAGAAUAAGUAUUUGAGGUUUUAAACUGACUACCGUAAAAUCAUAUUCAUACACUAUGUACUGAUUGAUUUUUUAGGGAAAAAAGUUGAUUGAAGGAGUAACUAUGUCAAAAAUUACCAUGAGAUAGAAUGUUGUCCAUGUGAAUUCAUGUUUCACUGUUGCACAUUUGCAUAAUUAUUCCUGCAAUUCCACUCUAAUUCCUAGUCACUCCAUUUUGCAUAGCUCGUAUCGAUUAUUAUUGAAAUGAAUCUGUUCAAAUGAAAUCAAUGAAAUUUAUUAGAUAGUUAAUGCGAUCUGUCUGAAUCUACUUCAGUGGUGAUCCGUUUAAUAUUGUCUUAAAAUAUUUUUGUGUCAGAAAAUAUUUUGUCAGUCAGUAUCUUUUCGGCUCUACAUGGGGCUUAUAUUCUACAUCUGCAUUCUAUAUUGAAGUUUGUAGUCCAAAUUUCAUUGAUUUGCAGAAUAAAAUAAUCUUGAUUUUAAAAGAAAAAAAUCUGUAUUGCACAUACAAACAUAUACAUCUUCUGUACAAUAUAGUUUCAAAAUCUAGACAGCUCAAUGCUCAACUUUUCACAUAUAUAUUGAUAAUGCUUGACUUUAUAAUUUGCAGUCAGUUUAUUACAAAUUGCAAAUUUCAUUCUUUCACUACUAUUUCACCAGAACAAAUUAUUUUAAUAACCAAAUCGUACUUUAUAAAAUGAUUUAAUUUAAUUGACAUCGAAUUGAAUAGAUCUAGGACCUGAUUUUACUUAUUAAAUAAAGGCGGAGACAAGAAGAAAAUCUCACAUCUGUCUUUAGAAUCUUAAUGACGAAAGAUUUAAUAAAAAAAUCAAUUCUUCAUACACUACUGUGGACGUGCAAUUUUCAAAAGGAAUCGAUCUCAUUUAAUAGUACAUGAGAUGAAUUAUCAAGAAUCGAUAAAUAUUUCUCAUUUCAAACACAAAAUGGCUAAGAUAUCAUUCUAAGCCGCUUGACUGAAAUGACUAUACCUCACUAACCAGGUUGACCGUCACACUGACACAAUGAUGUCAUAUUGUACAGAAAAAUAUUUGUUGAUUUUGUUGAUGCUUUUUGCCUUGAUCAUAACACACUGACAAGAUUCACGUUGUGAUGUUUUGGAUUUUCAAAAACGAGGCAAAAAAGAAAAGGAUACAAUUAUAACAGUCUGUCAAAAUCUAAGACCUUGCAAUGUAAGCCUUGUCAGUGCCCUGUGGUGUUGAUCAAGUCCAUUUAAUCUUUGGGAUUUCGUGAACAAAAUCCAGUAAAUCACCAUUCAACACAUUUUUGUGCAUAUGCAAAAUAUUGUUCGCAAGUCUAAUUCAAGUAGAAAGAAUGUUUUCAAAAGAAAUUCCAAUGCAUUGCGAUACUAUGUAGUGUAUGACGUAUUAUGGUUUUCAUUUACUUCACUUUCACGUGUACAUUAUUUUGAAUUGAAUUUGAAAAUAAUUAAAACAAUUUAAAGUUAAAUUAAAUGAAUAGA